AUGACCAAGCACAAGGGCGGGAACAUGUUUUUCGUUCUCGCGGACGACUAUCAGGCACCGACUCCGGUUGAGAGGAAGAAGAAGGAUCCUCGCGACGAUUUGCCCAGGUUCCCCAUUGAGUUGCCUGAACCUCAGUCGUGCUCCGGGUAUACGCCACCGAAGAUGCAGCAGGUCUACUACCGACGGAAGUGGGACAAGCGAGUGACCCGAGCCAUGUUCAAAGAGCAUGGGCUCGCUAAACACAACGCAGUGAAGGAAUCCCCCGAAGACAUCACUACACCUUACCAUAUCGAGAUGAUUAUGACUGGGUGGCCCGCCCUGCAGGCCUACGAAUAUCAUAUGGGAAAGAGAGACGCGGAUGCUUGGAGAAAGACCCGCCGGACGAUUCUUGAGCAGGAGGUGGAUACGACUUGCAUAGGGAAGUUGCCGGUUGGGACCAAGUUGUAUAUUGGGGGGUGGCAUGAUGAGUUCCUUGACGAGGAUUAUUUCAUCUACAACGAUGUGACUGUGGUGAAGCCCGACGGUACUAUUCACGUGCUACAAUACCACACCGACGAUUUUCCGCCUACCGAUUGCCACACCGCCACCCUUGUUGGACUCGACACCAUCGUUCUUAUCGGUUCCCUCGGUUACUUGGGACACCGUAAACAGAAGGCGCAAGUAUGUGUGUUGAACCUUAACACCAUGAAGUGCCGCACGCUGAACGACACGAAAGGCGAUGAUCCGGGAUGGAUUGCAAAACACACAGCAGAAUUGAUGGAAGAUGGGAAGAUCUUGAUUACCGUCUCCGUUCCCAAGAGAGUGGAGAUGGCAAAGGAUUGUCGCCCAGGCCGUUGGACGUUCGAUCAUCUAACCGCAUCCUGGACCGCCCUGCCGCUCAGCGAGAAGGAUAUUGCAGAUAUACGCGAGUAUGAAAGCAAUAUCUCUAGCGGCGAGUACGAUAGCGAGCUUCAGACGAAAAAAUUCUUAGAGAAGAGCACAAAGAGGGAGUACGACGUUGACGAGAUGAUACGAAAGUGCGAUAUCUUGGUCAGGGUUAAAGCUAUUCAGGAUGAGACUGAAACGCUAGCUAAGGAGAGGAAGGAACUCGUUUUGGACUAUGUUUCUGCUGCAAAGCAGCUCAAAGGUUCCAUUUCAACGGGACAAGACUGUCGCCAGCUCCACUACCACGGCACGAACUUCAACAACGGCCGGCAGCACGGCCGCCAGUACCACCACAACCCCUGGAACGGCCACCGGCACAGCAACACCGGCCUCUAA